AUGGAGAAGGAGAAGGAGAGAGAGAAAGCUGAGGAAAUUCUACAUUUUAGCCAUCCACAUUCCUUGGUAGUGUUCAAUGAUGAAGAGCAGAGUGAAAAAAGUAAAGAAGCUCACUGCUCGGCAUGUUUGGAAUUGUUAUCGGGCCGCCUAAGUUUUGGUUGUGGAGAAUGCAAGUUUUACCUCCAUAAAAAUUGUGCCGAAGCACCCCCCGAAAUUAGUGAUUCCCCUUUUCAUCGUAAGCAUCUUACUCUUGCUCUUAGGUUGUCAUCCAUUCUUUGUGAUUUGUGCAAGGAAACAAGUUUAAUGUUUAAAUAUCGUUGCACUUCUUGCCCUGCUGCCCUUGACAUCAAAUGUGCUUUCCUAUUGCAUAACAUGGAUGAAGAUUUUCGUGAGUUUAAAUAUAUUGGUCAUGAACAUCCAUUGACCUUCUUUGAAAAUCUUAAAGAUGAACUCAAAAGAGUCGAUUGUCAUUGGUGUCAAAAACCCGUGAUAGAUUCCGUCUAUGUUUGUCUUAAUUGUAGAUUUUACCUUCAUAAGCAAUGUGCUCGGUUACCCACUCAACUUUAUCACCCUUGUCAUCGCAAACACCUUCUUUAUCUUGAAGAUGGUUUCCUUGUUUGUAGGCUAUGCCAGAGGGACCAUUGGAGUUUGUUUUAUCAAUGUCUUCCUUGCAAGUUUGACAUUGACAUUGAAUGUGUUCGAUCAAGGUCAAGGUUCAUUUUUGAAUAUAAUAAUGAUCACGAGCACUCAUUCACUCCAUUAUUAAAGGACAACCCAUUCGUUUGUGAUGCAUGUGGUACUGAAGGAAAUUAUGUUCUCUUUAUAUGUUCUACAUGUCACAUUAUGAUCCAUGAAAAAUGUAUUUCACUGCCAAGCAUCAUCAAAAUCACACGGCAUCACCAUUAUAUUUUUCACAACUAUUUCUUUCAAAAAAAAGAUCUUGGAAGCCAUAGUUGUGGAAUUUGUCUUAGUGAAGUGAAAAUAGAGUAUGGCUGUUACAAGUGUUUCAAGCAAGAUUGCAAUUUUGUUGUCCAUGUGAAUUGUGCAUUGGAGAAAGAGAUGUAUGAUAUAAUUGAUCAGGUAAAUGAUGAAAAUGAGGAGUCUAUUGAAAAUUUAGCUAUGAAUUCUUCCAUCACUUGUGUCAUUGAAAUGAACCAAGAAGGAGAAUCCACAAAGAUAGAACACUUUAGCCAUAAUCAUAACUUAACAUUAGGCAGCAAAAUCAAGGAAGAUGAUGAUAAAUGUUGCGAUGCGUGCAUGCUAUCCAUUUCAACUUCCUUUUACUACUGUUCACAAUGUGACUUCCUUCUCCAUAAAACCUGUGCUGAAUUACCCAGAAGAAAGCAUCAUUGGUUUCAUCGAUCUCUCACCACUCUCAAUUUAGUGGACAUUUACAAAUGUGAUCGGUGUAUGCGUCUCUGCAGUGGUUUUGUUUACAUGGAUGACACAAAAUAUGCAUUUUGUCUAAGGUGUGCUGGAACUUCUCAUACUCUCAUAUGUCAAGGACACGAGCACUUUCUCUUUUUUGAUUUUAAAUUCAGAGGGCAAUGCAGCGGUUGUGGUGCCAUUUGCGAGAAAGGUGCAUACAGAUGUAAAGAUUGUAGUACUUUAGCUUUGGAUUUUGCUUGCGUUACACUACCACAAGCAACUCGCUGCAAGUGUGAUAGACACUUUCUAAAACUUAGUUUACAUGAUGAGCAUGAUGAUCCAGAAGAAUAUUACUGUGACAUAUGUGAAGAAAAAAGAGAUCCAAACUAUUGCUUUUAUCAUUGUAUAGUUUGCAAUAACUCUGCUCAUCCAAAAUGUGCUCUUGGAAGAUAUCCAUAUAUGAAGAUCAAGACAGGGAUCACUUUCCCAUAUCAGUAUCAUCGACACCCUCAUUCUCUCAUUUUUGUCAAAAAAAGUUAUGGCACCUGCUUUUAUUGUGAUCAACUUUGGCAAGAUGUAGCUCUUGAAUGUGUAGUUUGUACACCCAGCUUCACCAUUCACUACGAUUGUUGGGACCGCUACACUCACAGAGUUUGUUAGCUUUCUUAUAAAGUGGGAGUGCUUUAUUGUUUUUCAUUGUAUGGGAUUAUAUUUUCCAUUGUUAAAUAAGCUUUUGUAGUAAUAAUAUCAAACUUUAAAUUUGUUGUGA